AUGCUCAAUCACAUGUAAGAAGAAUAGCCUCCAUUAAAUUUUAUGAAACCAUCUUAUUAACCAGCAAUUUAAGGUCCUCGUAUAGCUGAAUCAAUAAUAAAUCAAUAACAAGGACUGGGAGGAGUCGCAAUUUAAAAUACAAGAUAAUUUUGGAAUGAGAAAGAAUAAAAUUGGUUGAGGUUGAGCGUAAAUUUGAAUCCAAUUGCAUUUGCAAAUUAUGAACUGUUUAAGAGUGCAAAUAUUGAUAUAUCAGAAUCUCCUAAUCCACUCUAAUGUUUAUUAUGCUUCAUCAUAAAAUUCAUAAUUUUGAUACUCUACUUUUUAACUCCAUAUUAUUAAACGAUUAAAUUAUAUGAAACUAUAGUGGUCUUAGGAGCAAUAGAUUUUUGGAUAAUUAAAAAUAUCAGUGGAAGGUAUGAAAAUUGAUAAAUUAGGAAAAUUAGUUGGACUACGUUGGUGGGUUGAAAUAAAUGAUAGUGGAAAUGAGAGUUGGGUAUUUGAAACUUCAACUUAAGAAAAAGGAGAAAUAUAUAGAAUUCAUAGUAGAAUAUUCUGGUUUGUAUAGUUAUUCAUGUUCUUAAUGUUUUUGGGGAUGUUUAUAAUUAAUGCAUCCUAAUUA